AUCAUAUCUUUGAAACGGGCCUUAAGUCUCAACUUUCAACAGGCCCAAAUUUGUUCAUCUUUGGAAUUAUUUCUCAUUCUUAUUUAUGACGCAAUUUCCCCAAGCUCUGUUCUGAUUUCAAUUCGAUCAUUCACGGUUUAUCAAUAUACAACCCUCAGGCACAAGCUUGGACAUUGUGUGCUUCCAAUGGCAUCCUUGCAAGAAAGUCUGAAUAGGUUUAACAAGCAGCAAGAGAAGUGCCAGUCAACCCUUACCAGUAUAGCAGCGACUAGUAAAGCUGGAUCCUCAAGGGCAACUCCUCCCAAGAUGUCAGCAUCAUCAACUGCAAAUACAAAGUCUCCUGCAACUGUAGUUAAAUUCUCUAAUGACACGGAAAGACUUCAGCAUAUAAACAGCAUAAGGAAAGCUCCCGUUGGAGCUCAGAUGAAACGUGUGAUAGACUUGCUGCUGGACACUAGGAAAGCUUAUACAGUAGAACAAAUAAAUGAACAAUGCCAUGUUGAUAUGAAUGCGAACAAGGCUGUAUUCGACAGUUUGAGAAACAAUCCUAAGGUCCAUUAUGACGGCAAACAAUUCUCUUAUAAGUCCAAGCAUGAUGUUAAAAAUAAAGACCAGUUAUAUCGUCUCAUACGGAAAUUUGUGGAGGGUAUUGCUAUCAUUGAUCUCAAGGAUGCAUACCCAACUGUGAUGGAGGACCUGCAGUCUUUGAAGGCAGAAGGACAUGUUUGGCUGCUAUCAAACUUCGACUCUCAAGAGGACAUUGCGUACCCCAACAAAGCCGACGUGCGGAUCAAGGUAGAUGAUGAUCUGAAACAGCUCUUCAGAGAAGUUGAACUGCCGCGCGACAUGCUUGACAUUGAAAAAGAUCUCCAGAAGAACGGGAUGAAGCCCGCUACUAAUACCGCAGAGAGGAGGGCAAAGGCCCAAGUCCAUGGCAUUUCCUCAAAGCCCAAAACCAAGAAAAAGAAGCAAGAGAUCAGCAAAAGGGCCAAGCUCACUAACACCCAUAUUCCGGAGCUCUUUGCCCAACUCAAAUCCUCUGGUUCGUGAUUCGGGCGGGCUUUCUUGUUAUUGAUUGAAUCUAAGUCGUCGAGCCUUCGAGUUCAUUUGUUUAAAAAAGCAUUUUGGGUGACAUUUUCAAAACAACAAUACCCAUUGACUCUACAACUGGUCAUCCAUUUCAAGAUUCAGGUUGUGUAUGGUGUUGAUGUUUUACAAGUACAUAGAAUUGGAUGGAAUGCCCAAAUAGCUUCAGUUAAUGGACACCCAGUAAAUUGGGUCUGUUUUCUUGUUAUUGUCAUAAACUUGAUCUUUUAUGUGAGUUGUUAGAGUAAGAUAUAUUGUUCCUUGUGGAGGCAAAUCACACCUUUUCCAUUCCCACAAAUUGGUCAUAAAAGAUGGGUGCCUUC